AUGGUGGUGGUGGUGGUGAUGGUGGUGGAGGUAGUGGCAGAAGUGGUGGCAGUGGAAAUGGUGGCAGCAAUGGCAUCAGGGACACCAGUGACAGCAGGUGGAGGUGGGCCAGUGGUGGCAAUGGUGGCUAUGGCAACAGUAGCAGUAGUGGUAACUUCGUUGAUUGUGGCUGUGGUGGUGGUGACAGAAGUGAUGGCUAUGAAAGUGGUGAUGGUAGUGAUGGUGGCUGUGGUGGUGUUGGUGGUGGUGGUGGUAGAGGUAGUGGCAGCAGUGGUGGCAGUGGCAAUGGUGGCAGCAAUGGCAACAAGGACAUCAGUGACAGCAGGAGGAGGGGACAUUAGUGGCAGUGGUGGCUAUGGCGCCAGUAGCAGCAGUGACAAUUGUGUUGAUGGUGGUUAUGGUGCCAGCUGUGGUGGUGGUGGUAGUGAUGGCUAUGUAAAUGGCAAUGGUAGUGGUGGUGGCUGUGGUGGUGGUGGUGGUGGUGGUGGAGGUAGUGGCAACAGUGGUGCCAGUGGCAAUGGUGGCAGCAAUGGCAACAGGGACACCAGUGACAGCAAGUGGAGGGGGGCGAGUGGCGGCAGUGGUGGCUAA